UUAAUUUCUGUAAUGAGCAAAAAGACAGGAUCCCCCAAAAAUAUAAUUUCUCAAGAACAAAACUAUAAGAGCCCAAAUCAUCUCCUCCCUUUCUCUACAUAUUUCUUCUUCUCUUUUUCUUUUUACUAGAAAGAUUUUAGAAACUAGUUUUCUUUCUAUUUAAGGGUUCAUUUGCUUCUUCUUGCACGCUAUUAGUUUUCCCAAUUGGAAGAAAAAAAAACAGAGCUAGGUUUUACCUUUUUUCGGACAUGGAGAUUCUUAGACCGACAACUUCACACGUCUCCGGUGGGAACUGGAUCAUGGAGGAGACCAAGAGCAACGUCGCAACUACCCGUGAGGUUGCCACGUGGACGGCGGCGGAGAAUAAGGCGUUCGAGAAUGCUUUGGCCGUUUACGACGACAACACCCCUGAUCGGUGGCAGAAGGUAGCGGCGGUUAUCCCGGGGAAGACCGUGAGUGAUGUCAUCAGACAGUAUAACGAGCUGGAAGCUGACGUCAGCAGCAUCGAGGCCGGUUUAAUCCCUGUUCCCGGUUACAUCACCUCGCCGCCUUUUACCCUGGUUUGGGCCGGUGGUGGAGGUGGAUGUAACGGAUUCAAACCGGGUCAUCCGGUUGGUAAUAAACGUUCUCCUGCCGGUAGAUCGCCGGAGUUGGAGCGGAAGAAAGGUGUUCCUUGGACGGAGGAAGAACACAAGUUAUUUCUAAUGGGUUUGAAGAAAUACGGGAAAGGUGAUUGGAGGAACAUAUCUAGGAACUUUGUGAUAACAAGAACGCCAACGCAAGUCGCUAGUCACGCCCAAAAGUACUUUAUACGUCAACAUUCUGGCGGCAAAGACAAGAGACGAGCAAGCAUUCACGACAUAACCACCGUAAAUCUCGAGGAUGAAGCUUCUUUGGAGACGAACAAGAACUCCUUGGUUGGACGAGAACAACAUUCAAGACUAGGCGGGUUUCCUUGGAGCCAAACUGACAAUACUGGAACUCAUGCAGACGCUUUCAACAUAACGAUAGGUAACGCUCUUAGUGGCGUUCACUCGUACGGCCAGGCUCUGCUAGGGCCGUUUAACACGGCCGCUGAUUCUUGCUACGAUGGGCAGAACGCAAUGUUUCAGCUAUAGCAAGUUGUGAUACUCUAAUUGGGUGUAAGUUAAAUUCUUAAUUAUUCAUAUGGACGGAACAAUCUUAUUUGAAAAUUGUAUAAUAAACGUCCAUUGUUUUGGUUGAUUCCAAAUUAAAAUAGUUAAUAAAUGUUUCGUGACAGUGAUUAAUCUUUUUAGUUAAUUUGGUAAAUGUUUUGCCACU